AUGACACCCAUCCACGCGCGCCCCAUCUCACCCUCCCGCCCACGUACACGCACCCUCCUCCUAACUCUCGACGCCUUCGGAACUCUCUUCUACCCCCGCCCAUCCGUCCCCGAACAAUACGCUGCGACCGCGCACGAGUUCGGCCUCUCGCGCACCGCCGUCACCCCAUCCAAACUCAAAGCCGCAUUCAAAGACGUCUUCCGCGCGCAAGCGAACCGGUAUCCGAAUUACGGCCGUGCCGAUGUUCUUCGCGGGAAGUAUGGUGGGCCGAGGCAAUGGUGGGAGGAGGUGAUCCGGGGUAGUUUUGCCCGUGUUUUGGAUCCCGGUCCUGCGCAGGGCUCUAAAGAGGAAUUGAAUCUUCCAUCGGGGAUGGUGGAUGCAUUGCUUGAUCGCUUUGCUGGGGAAGGGGGAUAUACGCUGUACGAUGAUGUCGCGCCGUUCUUUGCGCGGAUGAGGGAGAUUAGGAGCGCGUCGACACGCUUUGAUCGCGUUGUGCUGGGUGUGAUAUCCAACUCGGAUGAUCGGGUCCCCGCUGUGCUGAAGGCGUUGGGAGUGCGGGUUGGUGACAUGCGCGCGGACCAGGAUCUGUCGAGUAUGCAGUUACCUGGGUUUGAGCAGCGCAAAGCGCAAAGUACUGGAGUUUCAAGCGAGGACCGGUCAAAUAUUGAUCUAGAUUUGGUGGUAACUAGCUACGAGGCUGGCGAGGAGAAGCCGAAUCGGUUGAUCUUCGAUGUCGCAAAACGGCAGGCGAUGUUGAUUGCGAACAAUGAUGCACAGCCUGGCGAUGUUCUUACCGGAGAGGGUGAGAUGGAUGACUGGGUGUGUGUGCAUGUCGGCGAUGAUUAUGAGAAGGACUAUCGUGCUGCAAUUGAUGCGGGCUGGCAGAGUUAUCUGCUUCCUCGAGGAAAUGGAGAACAGCAUCCCGCGAAGACUAUUCACUCAUUAGUGGAUUUAAUUGACGAGCUGAAAAUUGGCUCAAAGGAACCUGUAGGUUGA